AUGGACAAGCUAUCCGAGGAUCCGUCCUUUAUCCCGCGCGUAGGUGCCUUUUGGGGACAUGACGAACGGCUGCUCGCACCGGAGCUGAGGGGCAUGUCCGAUUGGUGGAGGGGCAGGUGGAAUGGCCGUGGACGAGGCGCGAGAGGGCGUGGAGCAAGGCCCAAUGGGAACGCGAGCCCCAGACCGGAUCCAGUCGAACAGCCCAAAGCCCCGACCCCACCCCCCAUCGAGCGUACAUGGGGCCAUGACGGUUUCGAAAAGUUAAAGGAACGCGAGCAGGAACGGACUGCUGCUAGAGGAGGGGGCAGAGGUCGUGGACGUGGUCGAGGUGGUCGCCCUGCUCCCGCUCGCGAGCCCGAACAACUCUGGACAAAGGCCCCCGACACCCAUCUACACAUUGACCCGUCUACCCGACCACAGUUUCCCGGUCAGGGCAAGGGAAUCAAGGUUAAUUUGCCGGGCCAGUCCAAGCCUGAGAUUAUCCGUCUACCUCGUGCUCAGAAACCUCCCCAAUCACAACCGACCAGGACUAAACCUGUUCAAGUUUUAGCGGAAAUUGUCGUCAAGUUGCCAGGCCCAGGCAAAACAACUCAAAUCGUUGCUCCCUCCGUGCCAGAAGAGCCCGAGACGGUCCAACCUUUGGAAGAGGCCCCGCCCAAACCUGUUGCUCGUAUCCCUGCUCCAGCUCUAAAGACCGCUCUCCCUGCUCAAGUUCUCAACCAACCUCCGCCCACCCAUGGCCGGACGCGAAGCCAACAAGACGCAGUUGCAUUCGCCCAGUUCCGCUCUCCCACCAUCCCAUCCGCCCCCAUCUCCUUUGGUUCAGUCGACAUGCCAGCACUCAACCCCGGCUCGGCCCCACCUCCCGAAACACAACCUCUUCCAGCCGUAGACGAAACAACACCCAAGAUCCAGCCUCCCGCAUCUGCUCCGCUACCUUCUCUCCCCACCCCUCCCCCUGCUCCUCCUGCACACACGUCCACCCCGCCAGUCGGGAACUACUACAACCCGUAUGCGUACACUCCUCUCGACGGGGCGACGUAUUACUCCACCGCUACACCCCCUCCUCACCCGCCUCACCCUCACAUGUACUAUCCUCCAAACGGGUACUUUGUCCCCCCGAGACCGAGUGCAGGAGUGACCAUUCGUGCACCCGGUCCCAACGGCGCGCCCAUCCACACGUCUGGAUCCAACGGCGUCGGAAUCCAUCCUCCCGGACCAAACGGAGUGAUCCACCCCCAGCCAAGGGAGAAUGGACAAGACGAAAGGCAGCACCAGCCAAUGUGGAACUACUACCCCCAUCCGGCGGGGCAUAAUCCCUACUAUUCACCAUCCGGCACGCCUUAUCCGGGGUACUAUCCCGAAUACGCGCACGGACAUGGACAUGGGCACGGGCAUGGACACGGGUACGAAUAUCCCACUCACGGGGAACCAUACCUCCGAGUCAAUAAUGCACAUUAUCCACCCGGUGCAUAUGAUUCAUCCAGCGCACUACACAUCGCCUCCGAAUUUCCCGCCACCAGCCCGAUGACUCAGCUCACACACACAAGAAUAUCAAAUUCCAACCGAGUCGAUCAAAGCCCCUCGCCUGGAACGACCACCAGCCAAGCCACCGACGCACCAAAAGCCACGCUUUCGCACAUAGGUAACUAUCAUGACUUGUUCUCCUACAUCCAGACGACACCAACAAAAUUCGUCUAG